AUGGCCGGAGUGGGAAAGUCAUUCAUCGGAUCUAUUGAUCAGGGCACAACAAGCUCUCGAUUCCUUAUUUUUAACACGGACGGAGAGGUAGUUGCUUCACACCAGCUAGAAUUUACGCAGAUAUACCCUCAUCCGGGAUGGCAUGAACAUGACCCCAAUGAGAUCGUUGAAUCCGUAGUUGCGUGCAUAAAUGGGGCUGUCGCAGAUUUCGAAACACAAGGACAUAAGAUUGAUUCUAUCAAGGCAAUAGGCAUCACUAACCAGCGUGAAACCACAGUGGUAUGGGACAAAGAGACAGGCGAACCGCUCUACAACGCCAUAGUUUGGACAGAUACCCGCACACAGGCUCUUGUACGCAAGCUGAAAACCCGCCUGGGCCACAAUGAACUGCAGCCAAUCUGUGGUUUACCACUGUCCACCUAUCCAUCUGUUGGUAAGGUGUUAUGGUUGAUCGAUAAUGUGCCCAAAGUCAAAGAGGCAUAUGAUAACGGGUCCCUUGCAUUCGGAACCAUCGACACUUGGCUCAUUUAUAAACUCAACGGUGGUCCUAGAGGAGGUGUAUUUGUAACGGAUCCAUCAAACGCAUCACGAACGAUGUUCAUGAACCUUGAGCGAAUGGAAUAUGAUGAGCAGCUGCUUGACUUCUUCCGCCUUGACCCUUCCAAGAUCCAUCUCCCUAAGAUCGUGCACUCUGCCGACCCAAAAGCAUACGGCAAACUUGCUCAGUCGGCCCUUCAAGGUUUCCCAAUCACAGGCUGCCUAGGCGAUCAAUCUGCCGCACUCGUGGGCCAAAAGGGGUUCACUCCUGGCAAGGCCAAGAACACAUACGGCACCGGGUGCUUUCUCCUAUACAAUAUUGGCGAGAAGCCAGUAGCAUCGAGGCAUGGUUUACUAACAACGGUUGCCUUCGACUUUCGCGGUAGCGAAGGUGGAAAGCUUAACUACGCCCUUGAAGGAAGCAUUGCUGUUGGCGGAUCCAGCGUGAAGUUUCUGGUCAACAAUUUCAAGUUUAUGGAUAGCUCCAAGGACUUGAGUACCCUGGCUGAAACGGUGCCUGAUAGCGGAGGGUGUGUGUUUGUCACUGCAUUCAGCGGGUUGUUUGCUCCAUACUGGAUCGAUGAUGCGAGAGGAACGAUAUUCGGGAUAACAACGUAUACGCAGCGAGGCCACGUGGCGAGAGCAACGCUGGAAGCGACAUGCUUCCAAACCAAGGCAAUUCUCGGUGCCAUGGAAAAAGAUAGUGGACACAAGCUUACUGAGCUUGCUGUUGAUGGAGGAAUGUGUAACAGUGACCUAACGAUGCAGACACAAGCGGAUCUGAUCUCUAUUCCGGUUAACCGCCCCAAGAUGCGGGAGACUACCGCCCUUGGCGCAGCAAUUGCAGCAGGUAUCGCCGUAGGUGUCUGGAGCAGCACAGAGGAGCUUCAAGGUAUCAACACUGAGGGUCAGACAACCUUCAAGCCGAGUAUCCAGAAGGAGGAGGCCGACAAACGAUUCUCCCGCUGGGAGAAGGCAGUGGAAAUGUGUCGGGGCUGGGCAAACUAG